GGUACGGAUCGAGUAGUGACAAUCCAUCCCAAAAACUUCAUCUACAUCAAAUAUCUGGCGAACGGCCAUUGUGACGUCACGUGUACACCGGCUCCCUCAUUGGCCAGUCAACUGCGUGCGCUGCUGUGCAGCAUUGUUUGAAAUCGUGUUUACGGGGGAUUUUAAAAACUACAGGACUCAGCACGGUGCAGUCAACCUGAUACUGUCUGGACAUGCGGCAGAAUAAAUCCGCACGCAGGCGGAAGCCUUCGACACCCCAGCGCAGAUCUCCUCCUGCACCCCCGCCGCCGCCCUCAACAUCCCGGCGCCGACGCACCAGCGGACCCUCGGAGGCAUCACCACGCAAGAAGCACAAGUUUCGUCCUGGAACACGAGCUCUCAUGGAGAUACGCAAAUAUCAGAAGUCCACCGAUCUGUUGCUGCGCAAGGGCCCAUUUUCACGACUGGUGCGAGAGGUCUGCCAGAUGUUCAGUCGAGACCACCUGAUGUGGCAGGGAUAUGCUCUGAUGGCUUUACAGGAAGCCGCAGAGGCGUUCAUGGUGCGUCUGUUCUCCGAUGCCAAUCUCUGUGCCAUUCACGCUAAGAGGGUCACACUGUUUCCACGCGAUAUACAGCUCGCCCGGCGAAUCCGAGGUGUCGAAAACAUGUGAAGGUGGAUGAUUUCCUCACAUUUUUUUGAAUUUGAAGAAAGUGGAAGGACACUUUCUGUAUUUCCUGGACUUUAAUCUUUUACUUCAGGACUCAAAGUCAAACUUUAAAACGGAGAAAGCAAAAAUUGUUGGACUUUUAGUAUUGUAAUAUAAAACAUUUUAUUCUGUGUUGUAAAGUUACAAAGAUUUUGUUCUUUUUCUGAUGAUAUUUGUUGAUAAUAAACGGAUGUUUUGUAGUCCUGCUGUUUGUGUUGGCAGUUGUUUACAGUCCACGUCACAAAGUGACCGCUUCUUUCAUUGCAUCACAAUGAUAAUAGAAGAUUGUCGAACAACAUUUCAGCUUCUUGCAUUUGUGAUCUGGAAAAUGGCUUUCAGUGAAACGUUUUCUUUUAGAAAAUGGGCAGAUUAAUUGUGAAAGUUCAAGAACAUUGAUAGCUGACAUCUUGCUAAACUGUAGCACUUGCAAAUUAAUAUUGUAUUAAUCCUAAGGACCGUCACAUCAACAACUUAUUAAAAGCAGAUGUUUGCUUAAAGUGGACACUACAUUAGUUCCCUCGCUAAAUACUGUAACAAACUUAAUCAGCUUAUUAAAGCAUGAUGUUUA